CUUCUUUUCAUAUCUCUAAUUCACCUUUAUGUUUCCAUGUCUUCAAACCCAAGUGGGUCUUGAGCUGUAAACCUCAUUUUCCCCAUUUUCACACUCCCAACUUCUUUCACUUCAAUGCUUUCCUUCUGAAACUUCGGCCUCUGUUUCAUUUUGUUGUUCCAUUUCUUGGUUUACGUGUAGGAUAAAGGCAUAACUUUUGUUCCGGACUUUGACUUCUUUGUUUUUUCCUUCUAUUUGUGCGGAUUAUUUGGAAGAGGGGAAGGAGAAGGAAAACAAAACAAUGGCAGGAGGUGGAACAUCUGCACCACCGCCUAAACAGGAGGAGCUGCAGCCACAUCCAGUAAGAGAUCAGCUACCCAAUGUUGCUUAUUGCAUUACCAGUCCUCCUCCCUGGCCUGAAGCAAUUCUUCUGGGUUUCCAACAUUACUUGGUUAUGCUGGGAACAACAGUGCUAAUUCCCACCUCUCUAGUUCCCCAAAUGGGAGGAGGAAAUGAGGAGAAAGCAAAGAUGAUACAAACAUUACUGUUUGUAGCUGGUUUGAACACACUUCUCCAAACCUUUUUUGGUACUCGUUUACCUGCAGUAAUUGGAGGCUCGUAUUCCUAUGUGCCAACGACAAUUUCAAUUAUUUUGGCGGGUCGUUAUAGCGACAUUGUGAAUCCCCAGGAGAAAUUCGAGAGAAUUAUGCGUGGAAUUCAGGGUGCACUUAUUGUUGCCUCAACACUUCAGAUCGUCGUCGGUUUUAGCGGCCUUUGGCGAAAUGUUGCUAGGUUCUUGAGUCCACUCUCUACUGUUCCUUUAGUAGCUUUGUCAGGAUUUGGGCUAUAUGAGUUGGGUUUCCCAGUGCUAUCAAAAUGUGUGGAGAUUGGGCUUCCACAGCUCAUCCUGCUAGUAGUGUUCUCACAGUAUAUACCAAAUAUGAUAAAAGGCGAACGGCACGUAUUCGACCGUUUUGCUGUUAUAUUCUCAGUUGUGAUUGUUUGGAUAUAUGCUCAUCUACUCACGGUGGGAGGUGCAUAUAAGAACGUCGGUCUAAAGACUCAACUAAGCUGUCGUACUGAUCGUGCAGGCAUUAUAGGUGGUUCUUCAUGGAUUAGUAUUCCAUAUCCCUUUCAAUGGGGUGCACCCACAUUUGACGCUGGUGAAGCUUUUGCAAUGAUGGCUGCUUCAUUUGUUGCACUCGUAGAGUCCACAGGUGCUUUCUUUGCUGUGUCUAGAUAUGCAAGUGCAACUCCACUCCCGCCGUCUGUUCUUAGCCGUGGUGUCGGUUGGCAGGGAGUGGCCAUCUUGUUUUCUGGUAUAUUUGGCACAGGAAAUGGGUCCUCAGUAUCUAUUGAAAAUGCAGGGCUGUUAGCAUUAACACGCGUCGGUAGCCGAAGAGUGGUGCAAAUAUCUGCUGGCUUUAUGAUCUUCUUUUCCAUACUUGGAAAAUUCGGAGCCAUCUUUGCUUCAAUCCCUGCACCGAUAAUUGCAGCUCUAUAUUGCUUUUUCUUUGCCUAUGUUGGUUCAGCAGGCCUCAGCUUCCUUCAGUUUUGCAAUCUCAACAGUUUCAAGAUCAAAUUCAUCUUGGGCUUCUCUACCUUCAUGGGACUAUCUAUUCCUCAGUACUUCAACGAGUACACCGCUGUCAACGGUUACGGUCCGGUACACACAAGAGCGAGAUGGUUCAAUGACAUGAUCAACGUGCCUUUCGCAUCCGAGCCGUUUGUUGCUGGAUUUCUGGCACUGUUUCUUGAUGUCACACUACAUAGCAAGGACACUGCAACAAAAAAGGACAGAGGAAUGAAUUGGUGGGACAAAUUCCGCUCGUUUAAAACCGAUACACGAAGCGAAGAAUUCUAUUCUCUUCCGUUCAAUCUCAACAAAUUUUUCCCAUCUGUUUGAAGUUCAUUGCUGAUGAAAUGGUUUGCUGUCAUCACAUCAAGCUGAAGGCCAUAUGCCUAUAAUCACUGUGAGAUUCACAACAUCAGACCUUUUUCACUCUAAUUACAGCAUGAAUGUCAUAUAGUGUAUGCCUUGUAGUAACUGCAGUUUGAUUCUAUAUUUUUUUUGGGAGAAAAAGCAUAUGAAAGUCCUUUUGUGAGCCUUGCCAAUAUCUUUUAGCUCAAGCCAACGUUAGUUUCUCUCAGAAACAUUUAACUU